CAAUUUAAGCUUCUCAUUACUGCGCUGUCAGGAGGUUUUAUUUUCAAACCUCCCGCUAAAUUGCGCCAUGAAUUUCGACGCCGCCCGGACAAGCCGUAAACAGCGGUCUCCAUGGAAACCCCGUGGCAACAAACUUUUCCGCAGUUGAUGCAAGUUUUUCUGAAACAUGACUAAAGAUUGCGACUACAGCAAAUACGAUCUGGCGCGGCUGCAGGCAGAACUUGAACAAGAGAGGGAGAUGAAAGAAAUGCUCGAAGAGUCGGUGUCUGAUCUGCGGAGCACCAUGUGUGAACUGCAGGAAAGACUUCACAGUGUUGAUGGGGAAGGAAAUGAGUGGAAGACAAGGUAUGAGACCCAGGUAGAGCUAAACGGACAGCUGGAAAGACAGAUCUCACUUACUCACGAGAGACUGGAGGACAUACGAGGAAACCCGAUGGAUCGACUCGCCUCUAUCCGAUCAUAUGAUGACAUGCCAGUAGAAACGUUGAGGCAGCGUCUGAAGUUUCUGACUGAGGAGAAGUCUGACCUCCAGAGUCAGCUGAUGGACUGUCAUCUUCAGAUUGAACAGGAGGGAAAGGCAUUUCAUAAAACCAAUGAUGAGAGGAGAGCAUAUCUUUCAGAAAUUGCUAAGCUGUCUUCUACCCAUGAAGCCCAACGAAGGCAAUACUCCACUCAGCCACAGAGGGCGCCAGAGAGCAAACACAUGAGAGGGAAGCGGGCCAGCAGGAAGGCAGAGGCUGAUUCUAAGAAAGGAAAAGAGGGAGAAGAAGACGGAGCAGGAGGAGUGCAUGUGAAAGGAGGAGGUGGUGGUGGAGCAACAACAGAGAGAAGAGAAGAGAAGAAAUUCCAAAGAGAAAGCAGGUUACCCACCCUAAAGCACUAUGUGAAGCACUAUCCUUAACUCAAAACUGGUGUUUUUGAAAAGAGGUAAUGGUCCUCUGUUAGAAUGAUUAAACUGCCGUGUCCUUAAGCUUCUUAUGGCUCAAAAGCUGAUUACAUUGUAUUGGAAGUAUUUCUACAUUUGAUAGCAAAUACAGUAUUAAACUGAUCUCAUAGUGUAAAAUGCUACAUUUCUAAAAGUCUAGAGUGAUUAUUAUGUGCACCCAUGUUCCUUUCAAGAUGAGUAGCUAUUAGGAGAAAAUGUUUCAGAGGGAGGAAUAUUACAGGCUUUGAGUACAGUGUGGUCAUACCUUAAUGUGCCAGAAGCCUGCUGGGUCUGAUAUUUCUUGUGUCGCUGCAAUUUUUUUUGAAAGCACCUCCUACGACUACCAUUACGUAAGCAGCACCACAACCACCACUCUCUCUGGAUGUAGUUCACCCGCACAGCAGUCACCCCCGUCCCACCCGCUGACCGCCUUUAUAAACGUGGGUGUAAGAAAACUGUAUCCCUACGAGAUGAUGUAGUGAACAGGAAAAUUGCCAGCAGCAGUGUUUCAUUUGUGUUAGUGAAGUGUGUAGGUUGGGUUCAGCUCUUGUCAGCCUCAAAACACUGAGUUGCAACAUUAUCUUAUAGGACAGGAUAUGAUCAUAUAGGCAAAACUAACAUGAAUUUGUCAUUUUGUCCUGUUCUUUUCGAACAAGCAGCUUGCUUGUUCGGCGAUUGGUUUGUGAAUAAGCUCGUCAUUAAUUCGUUCAUGGAUUAUAAGUCUGCUUUCGAGACAAGGUUGCAAAGGGUGAUUUAUACAUCGCUUAAUCUAUGACCUUAUGUCCAAGACUGGCACAGAAGAGAAUUGUACUGACAAGGGAACUGACCUUUAAUUCAAAGAGCAACAAGCAAACCCCAUGGUGUCAGGAAACAUCAAACCAUCAGAAAAUAUACAAGCAACCCUGGGUUUGUGGUACCUGAUAGAAGUUAAAGGAGAAGUCCACCCUAAAAUGUACUUUGAUUGUAUCCUUUAUUCCUCAGUUUCCAUGUGUUUGUAAGCAAGGUGUUAAUUAUUUUCCAAGGUGAACGUCAAGCUCCAUAUUCUGAUAUUGUGGCUUUUUUGGACAUAAUGUCUCAAAUUUUAUAUCUUCUCACAGUGACAGUCAGUAAUUUAUUGGUCUGUUCACUCAAUAAACCAACUCCACAAAGUAUCUCCUGAUGGCUCCAUCACUGCGAAUCCUAAUGCUCUAAUUUCCAACUACAGGAGGAAUUUGUUCUGGUAUUGACUUUCUGAUAGGGUUGGAUGGCUUGGUGUACAAUCCUAAAUGUGCUGCACUGACAGACUGUUUGUCUUACAUUAAUGACUUUAUUUAAAGAUAGCUGGUCCAUAUUGCCUUAUGAAAGAAAACAAAGAAAAGAAAACGUGCGCAGCAUCGCUCGUCUGUCUUUUUCUUUCUGUUUCACAUGCAAGCUCGUUUUAGCACAACUCCCUGCAUACUGCCCAUGAAUCACAGCCCCAGAGUAGCCACCAAGAUGUCUUCUGCUGACAGGUGAAACACAAUGACAGAUCACUACAGUAUCUGUCAAAGCACAAUGAAUCACAGUGCUGCUGCUUUCCCAAUGCUAAUUCAGCUGAAGCUCCUCUGUACCGUAAGCUGCAAACAAUAUGUGCAUAUGUGUAUGUAUAAGAGACUCAUCUGUGCACGUGUGGAUUCCCGUGCACGCAUGUGAACCUGUGAGAUGAGUCAGGUUUGUGCGUCCGUGUUCACACGCUACACCGCGUUGUGUGAAGUUGUUGUAGCAUAAAGAGGCAGUGAUUAAUGACGGAAUGGUGGGAGUAUCUUUGUAGGAACUGUCAACAGUCUGUGUGUGGGGGGGUUUUAAAAUUUCUCUCCUGGCAUGCGAUUUCAUUUUUCUAAAUGAUUCCAGAUAGGAUUUGCAACAUUAUGAGUCAUAAGCCCAUCAAUCCAUCUGAUUGAGCUCAAGCUGUGGGUUCAUUACUAUUCACUACACAGAGAUUGCAUUAGCAGAAAAAUGCAAAAUUGUGCAUUUACUUGUUUUUUUGUUUUUUUUUUUGGUGUUUAAAACAAUUGUUUGAGUGGCUGUCAUACAGAACAGAGGGAAGGCAUAAAAAAACAUUUUCUGUUCUUUUUUUAAAAAAUGAGGGAUAGUGAAUCAUAAAACUGCCCGAUCCACAUUAAAUGCGCUCAGGAUUGAAUUUACAAAUAAAAUAAAAUGUGCCCACAAAGACAUCUUAAUAGCCUAUGCCACACAUGCCAAAUUCUCAGUCUCUUUAUAUACAAGUCAACUGAAUGUCAGGAAAUUGCCUAGUCAUGUUUCAGGAGCAAAGAUGGCCUCUGUGAAGAAUUGCACUUAUUUCAUUAGUAAGGCUGCAAGAUUUCUAAGCCAGUAUUGUUGUGAUUUUAUUUUGGCCAGUUGGUAAUUUGUCAGUGACAUAAAAAUGGAUGGAAAUAAAGUACUUUUCAAUAGUAGCUGUAAAAUGUGAUCCAAAGCCAUAGAGAGCAGCAUUCAAGACAUACUUCACUUUCUGUGACACCGUUUCUAUCCACAGCAAUACUGAAAUCCAUUUUUAAACUUGAUGUUUCCUUUUGUCAUUUAAAAGUACAUAUAAAUGUAGACAUAGCAGAUCUGACUCUGUCCUGCUUUAAAGACCAUGACUGUGUCCCGCCAG